AUGGCAUUACCCUCUUCUGAUGUCGAAUCUGGCUCCCAGUCGCCCGGCUCGAGGCUCGACACCAGCACACCCUCGUCUCCCCCCGAACAACCCCUUGACGAUGGCUUUGAUCCGGAAUUUGCAACCAAGGAGGAGAAGUUGAUGUACGAGGAAGAGAAGAAGGCACAUAUUGAGAAUGAGAAAGCUGAGCAGAAGAGAAGGGCAGCUGUGCAAAGAAGGAAGAACCAGCGGCAGGAUACGAAGGCCGAGCGAGAAACGAAGGCCAGACAACUUGAGGAACUAUUGAAGAAGAGUGAGGCUUUUAGUAAUCGACUUACUGGGAAAACACAAGUUCUUGGACGAGUUGGGAGUUCGCUGGAUGGACAAACUCUUGGUGAACAUGACUUGACAAUGGCAGAGCAGCCAAAAUGUAUGAUUGGAGGGAAGAUGCGCGAUUACCAGCUUGAAGGGCUGACGUGGAUGCUUGAAAUUUGUACCCAGGGCAUGUCCGGUAUCCUCGCAGACGAGAUGGGUCUUGGAAAAACCAUCCAAACGAUCUCUCUUAUUGCGCAUCUGCGGGAGAAGGAAGAGUACCUCGGCCCGCACUUGAUCAUUGCGCCCCUCAGUACCCUUUCUAACUGGAUCGAGGAAUUUCAGAAGUGGGUGCCCAGUGCUCCAGUGCUUUUGUACCACGGCACUAAGCCACAUCGGAGAGAAUUGUUCAAGAAUGAUAUGAUGAAGCACAUUGUCAAGGGGCGGGUCACUAAAAAGUUCCCGGUUGUCUGUACCAGUCCCGAGAUGGUGCUCAGGGAUGAAGCGGAUUUGACGAAAAUUAAUUGGGAAUUCAUUAUUAUUGAUGAAGGCCACCGAAUGAAGAAUUCGGAGUCCAAGUUGUUCCAAGUUUUAAAGACGUUUACAUCUGCGACUCGGCUCUUGAUUACCGGCACACCGUUGCAAAAUAACCUCAAAGAGCUUUGGUCGCUGUUAAAUUUCCUCCUCCCGAACAUCUUCACAAAUUGGGAGCAAUUCGAGAGUUGGUUUGACUUCUCCGAUUUACAAGACGAAGAGGGCACAGAGGAGUUUAUUCAAGAUAAGAUGAAGCAGGAAUUGGUGAAGAAAAUGCACGUUAUCCUGCAACCACUGCUUCUUCGCCGUGUGAAGGCAGAUGUUGAGCACAUGCUGCCGAGAAAGCGCGAGUAUAUCCUGUAUGCGCCGAUGACGAAGGACCAAACGGAUCUAUACAAUGCCAUCACGGACAAGACAAUCGACACGCGGAAGUUCCUUGAGGAUAGAGUCGUGGAACGAUUAACUGGAGCAAGCAAUAGCCCAGCGGUAUCUCGCAAAGUCAGCCCCAAAGUCAUCGAAAUCGACCAACGGAAAGAUACUCAGGAAGAGCAAAGCGAUGAUGAUGACAAACCUCUGGCCCUGAGACCUCGUCGAAAAGAACUGUCAGAUGUAAAAGUCCCUCUUAAGAACGCGUUCCAACAGAUGAUGAAAGGCAAGGCACCUCCGAAGACCGGAAAGACUGCAAAGCCAUCCCUUAAACGCAAGUCCCACGACCAGCUUGUUACGCCUGUCGUAAAAUCGGCGAAGUCAAGCAGACAAUCAACCCCAGCCACCAGUGUCCGCUCCAGAAGGUCACGGCCUAGGAAAUCCUACACUAAUUCCUACCCCUCUGAUGAAGAUGCUCUUAGUGACGAUGAAUUUGAGAAGCGGCUUGCCGAGGAGAUAGCCAAGAAGGAACAGAAACAUGACGUCGAUAGUGAAGGUAGUCAGGAGGAUAUUGAGCGAGCCAGGACCCUGGAGCUAGCGAAAAAAGAAAUAUCCGUCAAGAAACUGGGCAAUCCCAUCAUGCAGCUUCGGCUGACUUGCAACUCGCCGCAUAACUUCUAUAACCCCUGGUCCUCGGGAUUACCAGUGGACGAAACUCUGGUUACGUCUUCGGGGAAAAUGCUUCUACUUGACCGACUCUUGAAGGCUUUGUUUGACCGGGGCCAUAAGGUCCUCGUAUUCUCACAAUUUAAAACUCAACUUGACCUGCUGGAGGACUAUGCCCGUGAGCUGCGCAGCUGGAAUGUAUGUCGUAUCGAUGGCUCUGUAGCUCAAGAUGAUCGUCGCCAGCAGAUCAAGGACUUCAACACGAAACCCGAAUUUAAACUAUUCCUUCUCUCCACACGUGCUGGUGGCCAAGGAAUCAAUCUUGCCAGCGCAGACACUGUCAUCCUCUUCGACAGCGACUGGAACCCACAACAAGAUCUCCAAGCGCAAGACCGAGCGCACCGCAUCGGACAAACCAACCCUGUCGUCGUAUUCCGCCUUGCCACCAAAGGCACCGUCGAGGAAUCCUUGCUCAAAAGUGCAGAUGCAAAGCGCAGGUUAGAGAAAACAGUCAUCAAAAAAGGGAAUUUUAAGAAUAUGGGGCAAAAGUUAGAGAAGGAGGAGGAAGGCUUGAGUGAAAAUGACUUGAAGCAGCUAUUGUGGAAGGACGGAUUGGUGUAUAAAUACUCCGGUGAUGAGCAGAUUCUGAGCGAUCAGGAUUUGGAUGUUUUGUGUGAUAGGAGUGAUGAGGCUUAUGAUCGUGCGGCUGAUGGCCUGGGGAAUGCCGAGGGCUAUCAAGUUGUGGAGACCAAGGUGGGGGGGUUAAUGACAACGAUGGACAAGGCUCAAGACAGCGUACCUGAGUAA